UCUGGGUUAGGCCGAGAACAUAUUGAUCACCCCUCGUAUACUUUCUAUCCUGUUACCGCAAGGGAGACUGUCGAUAUCUAUUUUACAGGAAAAGACUCCCAUUUCCUUGGCAGCCUUGAAAGGCCACCAAGAAACUGUAUCAGCUUUACUGACAGCUCGUGCAGAUGUGAACGCACAGGCAGAAUCGGAAAACACUUCCAACAACAAAACAUCUCAAAAUGGCCAGCUUGAGCUGCAGGGAGAAACAAAUACUAGCGUUAGGAAUGAGCAAGUGGCGGAGGAUAUGGCUUCACAUACAGAUGAUGAGACCAGUGACGAGGAUUCACAUAAUGGAGGUGGGGAAGAAGAAGAUACCAAUAUUAGAGCGUCCAGACAACAGAAGGAGUACGACCCGGUUCUUGUCCGGUUCUAUGAAGAAAGAGGAAUGACCGUAGCUAAGAAGAACUGCCCAUUGAUACAAGAAGCUGCAAAAGAGAGCCAAAAAACUGUAGCCCAAGUCAAGAACUUCAUCGGGAACUACCGUAAGAGUAAAGGCGGCAGCAAGCGGAGACCGCCGGCAGACGACAUGGUGGUGAAGAAGAGGAGGAUCACGGGAUAUCAUGAGUACUACAGGCAACAGCUACCAAGGAAAAGAGACAUCCAAGGAUUUUCCCUUGCCGGUGCCAAUAAGGAAAUCGGUGAAAGCUGGAAGAACCUGACUGAGGAGGAAAAGGACCACUACAAUAAAGCGGCGGAGGAGAGAAGGGGAAGAGUGACAAAAGUACAAACCUGGACAGAAGUGUCCAAAAAGCUGAAACAGCUCCAAAAACUGUCCGAUGAGCUCGAAGAUCUUGGCGUGGAGACUUUGGGUGUUUCUCUCUACAAGGGAGAGAUCCGCACCUUCGGUUCCCAGAUGGGCAAGGACCUGGCCACGGACGAGGAAGUCGGGGGCUUCAUUGAAAAUCAGCUGAAAGCAGCAGAACUUAAGCGGAAAGCAGCACAAUGCUUGAACGGAAAUAAACGUCGGAAGAACACUGAUAGAGGGACAACAACCAGUAGCCAAUCUGUGGCCGGGACAUCCAGGAUCAACACCAAUUCAACCAAACAGAAGAUAAAAAGGGUCAAAAGAGCACGGGCUAAUCAACGACAACGUUCCGGACCUACUGUCACCUCAAUAUCAACGUCUGCUACUAAUGUAGAAACAACAGCCACAGGGCCACACAGAACUACGCAUAAUUCUGCACAAGGAAACCCCAGCACUUCCGUUUAAACACCAAUAGCUCAAGAAGGCCUUCUACUCAGAACAACGUCUACCCCAGGCCCUAUGCCACACAACACAGAGUCUCCCAGUCAUCAGCUUUUGCCUCCAGUUCUUGGCAACCUAAACGGAGUUCCAAACAGGACAGCAUCCACUCCUGCCCAACCAAACACAGGGAACCUUGAACUUUUGGCACAGUUAGCCCCUCCAACACCACCUGGCUGGACAUCAGAUUCACUACCCUCCCUUCAGCCCUACCCCCAUCUUUAACGCAAGGAACGACAACUCUUACAUCAGGAGGACUUCCACAUACAACACCACAGAUCCCUACAGCACCGAGGUUAGGGACUCCUGUACCACGGCAAGGGACUCCGACGGAUCGUCAGGCACCUACUAACGAACGGUUUCCUUACAGUCCGUUAGUAUUUUCAAUGCCUUAUCAUCGCUAGAUACAGGCAGAUAGCUAAGUAAAGGGCAGGGCAGCAUGGAAGUAGUUGAAUGUUUUGAAGUACACUCCUUAUGUCAAAUAUUUAAACAGUCCCAAAAUACAUGUACAUAAAGGCACCAAAAACAUACAUCAAAGUUAUCGCUAUUAAAAAUCGGGAAAUGAUGUAUCUAGAUAGAGCAAUAAACCUUCCAUUGUAAACAUAUCUGUUCCUUUAUCCCUACUAUAACUGAAAACGAGAGGUUGAAUUUAUCGAAUAAUUUUGCUAUUUUGUACCUGUUGAGUGUAUAUGUUCAACAUGUUUGUUGUGACCUGUACUUAGCCCAGUGUGGCAAAAAUGUGCAAUGGAUGCUUUCAUCCAUUCAUUCAUUAUGGUAUUCAUGUAAAUUGCACUUUUCUGUUAGAAAUCAGAGCAUUCACGUGUAGCGCGCCGACAAAUGACCUUUUUGUUUACUACCUGUGUGACCUCAGGCACCUGCCUCUGACGUCACAGGUCGCUAGGAUACCAUGUCAAGGUGAGGGCACCAUGUACGUGUCAGUAGAAAGUGAAAGAGCUUCUGUCGAGUUUUGGGAAUUUCUUACGCAAAAUUGGGCUUUUUAUACGCGCUAACUAUAGUGACUCGGUAGCAGAAAUGCUGAUCGACCUUACCGUUGGAACAAGGUACAUUGAAGAGUGUUUGAUUUCUCAUGAUGGACCACCUGUGUUGAAGACU